AUGUGCGAAGAGACGAGAGAGACCGAGAGCCAGAAGGUCAAGGAUGAUGCUGAGGAUGAUCGUUUGGAUUUUGAUAUCGGGUCCCUCUUUUCCUUUCUUUUUCCUUCUGCCUCCGCCUCGUCUUCUAUCAAUAUCACUCUGGCCUUCUCUUCUCUUCUCUGUCUGUCAGUCAGUCACCUGGAGUCUCCUCGACCAAGAAAGGGCUUGCUUUUUCUCUUCCCAACUUCCACCUCGUUACGAACCCGUCAGGAGAAAAAAGGAAGAUGGGAAUCUGAAAUCUCGUGUCCGGGCAAGCCACCUUUGCCGCUUAUGGUGACGACAAUCCAUAGCUAG